AUGGGUGAAAAAUUUACAAGCCACUCUUCACCAUAUAAAGAUAAGAAACUCUUCUUACCAAUGAUCCUCCUAAUAGAUUCGUAUGAUUCCUUCACCAAUAAUCUUUACCAGUUGAUUGUGGACAGCACUGGAAAAGAAGUGAUUAUUAUCCACAAUGACUCCUUCUGUCCGGAGGAAUACUCCCAGUUCUGGGACACUUAUUCCUCACUAUUUGAGUACAUUAUCAUAGGGCCUGGACCGGGGCAUCCCAGUAUUCAAGGCGAUGUUGGGAUCAUUAGCUGGAUCUUUCAGCACUAUCAACAGUCAAAACUGACAGUAGUCCCCAUCUUGGGUAUAUGUUUAGGGUUCCAAUGUCUUUGCCAUGAAUUUGGCAACCCAGUGAAGAGACUUGACGACAUUAAACACGGUCAAAUCUAUGACAUUCAACCAGUUGAUGAUGCUUGUAACUUGUUCCCUUCAAUUGAGCUGUUCCCCAGUGUAAGAUACCAUUCGUUACAUGCUGAACUCGUGAACGAUUCCAUUGUACCUUUGGCACAUUGUUAUGAACCCCACGACAGUAUUUUAAUGGCUGGUCGACACUCGAAAUUACCACUAUAUGGAGUUCAGUAUCAUCCAGAAUCCAUUUGUUCAUCUAGAGGUCAAGACCUCAUACGUUCUUUCGACUCAAUCGCUCAAACUUAUAAUGAAUGUCAUAGAAAGAUUGGUGAUAAUCCACAGUUAUUGAAGGAUUUGAAGCUGAAGAAGGCUGCACAUGAAAAUACCUUGAUUCCAAAUGGUAUACUUGAAGAUACACUGAAGAAACCCCAAGUUAUCAUUGAAAAAUUGAUGUUAUCCCAUGAUACGUAUAAUGCCAUUGACAUUUGUGACUAUAUUUAUAAUUCAGAAGGCCAUAGGGCCAACUUCUGCUUGUACAACUCAGCUGCAGUGCCAAGUGAAUGGUCUAUUAUAGGAUUACCUACUCCCGGUAGGUCGGAAGUCGUUAGUCAUUCUGUUGAUGAUGUGAAUAAAGUUGUAGUUUCAACUUUUGGCGAUAACGUCCAUGUUGAUCCUCUGCAGUGUAUUGAAUUGAGCAAUGGUCAAUCGGUAUGGGGCAUCUUGGGUAUGAAGAUGAAACAACGGUAUAUUUCAACCAAAUUGAUCAACUCACAAGUGUCCAAGUAUCAUCAACGGAAUUUCCCCUUUUAUGGAGGUUAUAUGGGAUUAAUCUCUUAUGAAGAAGGAAAAUUCAUUCAAAUAUCCAAAUUGAAAUCAUUAACAACUUCAACCACCCCCGACAUGAAACUUAUUUUCAUUGAAAGAUUUAUUUUAUUUGAUCAUAAAUCAAAUGAUUGGUUUAUUGCUUCAGUUUCAAAAGAUUUCCAUCAAGAUAAUCUUGACUGGUGUAAAUCCAUGAUCAACCAAUUAGAAACCGCAGACCUGGAAGGCACUCUUAAAUUGAAUAAAGAUCUGAUUCCUUCAAGUGUAUCCCAAUUAAGUAACGACAAGAUUCAUUUUGAGUUCCCUGAUGAAAACAUUUAUGAAAAACAAUUUGAUCAAUGCCAAGAAUGCUUACAUUCAGGUGACUCUUAUGAAUUAUGUUUGACCACUCCACUGAAAAUAUUUCUUCCUAAAUCCAUUGACCCUUGGGAUAUUUAUAAGGUUUUAACUUUACAUAAGAACCCUGCACCAUUUUCAUGUUUCUUGGAAUUUGAUGAUUGUUCAUUGGUAUCUUCAUCUCCAGAAAGGUUUAUUUCAUGGAAAUCAACUCAUGAAGAUAAUGAUAAUGACAUUAAAAAAGUGGAGUUAAGACCAAUCAAAGGUACGGUUAAAAAUACACCCGAUAUCGAUUUGAACAAGGCAACUGCAUUACUUAAGACUCCAAAGGAAAUGGGGGAGAAUUUGAUGAUUGUGGAUUUGAUAAGACAUGAUUUAUACCAAUUUCUUCCUAAUGUUCAAGUUUCAGAAUUGAUGUCUGUUGAGGAAUAUAAAACAGCUUUCCAAUUGGUUAGUGUGAUUCAAGGAGAAUUGGAUCCUUCCACAAAUAAUUACCAUGGAUUAGAUAUUUUGCAUAAUUCUUUACCUCCAGGUUCAAUGACUGGAGCUCCAAAGAAACGGUCAGUGGAAUUAUUGCAAGAUAUUGAAAGUGGUCAAACCCUUGUUGGCAAUGAAGGUGGUAGAAGAGGGAUUUAUAGUGGAGUCUGUGGAUAUUGGUCAGUUACUGAUGAUUCAGAUUGGUCAGUCGUAAUUCGAUCGAUUUUCCACUAUAAUCAAGAUCUUGAAAACAGUAAGACCCACAAUUUAUGGCGGAUUGGUGCUGGAGGAGCCCUCACUGUUCUUAGUGAUGUUAAGGGAGAAUGGGAAGAAAUGAAUGUUAAACUUCAAAGUGCAUGUCAAGCCUUCCAUUAA